AUGGCUGCGAGGGGGUUUGCUUCGGGGCCUCAGUUUCGGGGGGUUUUCCCGGGAGAGCCCGUCACAGAACUUUGUUUCGCGCCUUCAAAGGAGCGCGGCUUGCCGCUCUUCCGCCAACUCGGGGAUUCCGGAGACCUGCUGGAGUCUGCGACGUUGUCGUUUUCGCUCGAAGAGGGCGUACGCAUGCUGCGCGUGAUGAUUCAGAGCCAGGUCUACGACUCCAUUCUCUACGACAUUCAGCGGCAGGGGCGCAUAUCCUUCUAUCUGGCCGCGGCCGGCGAAGAAGCGGCGCUGGUGGGCAGCGCAGCCGCGCUCAAAGACGCAGACAUGAUUCUCCCUCAGUACCGCGAGCUGCCCUCGCUCAUGUGGAAAGGCUUCACACUCGACGACGUUCUCGCGCAGCUCUUCGCGACCGCAAAAGACCCCGGGCGCGGCCGGCAAAUGCCCAUACAUUACACACCGGCGCACAUGUGCAUCAUGCCCGUGUCGUCACCCUUGGCGGUGAAGAUCCCGCAGGCUGCGGGUGUCGGGUAUGCAUACAAACUCGGGAAGAAAGACGCGGUCGCUGCGGUCUACUUCGGCGACGGCGCUGCGAGUGAAGGCGACGCGUGUGUAGGCUUGAACUUCGCGGCUGCGCUGGGGAGUCAGACGCUCUUCCUGUGCCGAAACAACGGCUACGCGAUCAGCACGCCGGUCGACGAGCAGUACAGGGGCGACGGCAUCGGCGCGCGAGCGGUCGCCUUCGGCAUCGACACGGUGCGCGUGGACGGCACAGACCUCGUGGCCGUUUAUGCGGCGGUGAAGGCCGCGCGAGAGCUCAUCGUGAAGAGGCAGGAGCCCGCGUUCGUAGAGAUGAUGACGUAUAGGCUUGGCCCUCACUCGACCAGCGACGACAGCGCGGCGUACCGGAAAGCCGAAGAGGUGCAACAGUGGAGUACUCCAGCGUUACACUGUGUUAGGCGCUUCGCAGCGUUUUUGACAAAACAGGGUGUGUGGAGCACCGUGGAGGAAAACGCACUCGUCGAAGAGACGCGGAAGAGGAUCCUCUCGAGAAUACGAGUAUUCGAGAAAAUGAAGCAUCCGCCGGUGUUAGCGGGGCUCUUCACCGACGUCUACGACAAAAUGCCAAAAUCUUUGCAAGAACAGCAGGAGGCACUGAGGAGUUUCUUGUCGCAUCCUGACAGGGCAAAGACAUAUAAUCUGAAUAGGUUUGAGAGGGAUCAAACGGGGAAGGGAGAAAACUGA